AAAAUGGUAGAGAGAAAAAUGAAACGAAAUUUAAUCGGACCAAACGGGGGCUAAGAUCCCCUUUCGCUCUGCUUUGUAUACAACGCUCAUUCUGUUAUUUUGCUAAGUGUUUCCUUCCUUUGUGAUUGAGUUAUAUGUGUGUAACUUCACUUCUGAUUUAACAUUUCUAGAACAAUAUGUUGGGUGGCUUCCUUCAUUACCUAUUUUUUGAUCUUUUGAGUCUACCCUUUAUCUAUUUGUGGUAAUUUAUAAUCUGAAUUAGUUUCAUUGAUGUAUUCAGAACACAAAGAUGGCAUCUUGUAUGGAUCAAAGCUAUUUUGUAAUAUUGGUGUAUUUGCUUAGUGAAUUUAUAGGAUUAGGAAAAACUUAUUGUCAAGUCUUGCUGUAAAAGGUAACUUAGAAAAACACUGAAUUUUAUCUCAUAUCCUUUCUUGAAUUAAAUUGACGAAAACCCUCAUGGGCUGCAAUGACCAAUGCAGUCAUUUUUUGGUCGCUCUCUUUGUGGGAUGGUUUAACGAUGCUCACUUUAGAUCUUACGUGGAUUAUGUACAGUUUGUUUCGACGGAAAAUGAUUCUGCAUUGAAAUUUAUGUGUAGAAUGAGACUACAUUUGAUAAGCACACUUCUCUAUUUAAGCCACGCAUUCUUAUUCCUUGGAGCUAAUUCUCUCUUCAAUGACUUCCAUCUUUGAUCAACUGGAUUCUGCAUGGGUUUUCUGAGAGCACAGUUUGAUUAAGUUUUGAAGCAUUGUGUUUGUCUUAUUUUUGGUUACUUCACUUUACUGCAUUUGAGUCUUCAUUAUGUUCUUCCCAGAGUUGAAGGAACUGUUUGCCGGAGUGCUAGUUUUAGUGUGUCUAUUUAGCUCUUGCAUAUAUUAGCUUUUGAUGAGAUUCCUUCUACUUGUGGUUUCUGUUUGAUGGUUAAAGGCAGAUAUUGUUAAUUGAGUUCACUAUAGCAGUUUUUCUUCUGAGGACUCUACUAAAAGUUGGGAAUGAUGGCUGAAAAGCGGAAAAAGUGGUUAAAUGCUGCCAGUUCGGUCGGCUGCACAUCCACUGAACAGUAUAGAGUAAAACGGACAAAACUGGAAUUACAAUUGUAUGACUUGAACUUGAGAUCUAACGUCUCUCUAGCAUGGGAUAACAAGAAAAAGAGUGUCAUCUCCAAUAAGGAGCAGAUCGGCAUAUCGCGCAGACACUUACUUCCAUUUAUUGGCGAUGGUCCACAAGGACAAAACAUAUUGGCUGAUGUUUUUUCAAUACCCCAGGAUAUAUUUGACUUGGAAGAUCUAUCAGAGGUCCUCUCUUACGAGGUCUGGCAGACUCAGUUGUCUGAAAAAGAAAGAAGCCUUCUUUUACAAUUUCUACCUAAAGGAGCUGAUCCAGAUAAAGUUAUUCAAGAAUUGCUUGAAGGGGAUAAUUUCCACUUUGGAAAUCUGUUUCUCAAAUGGGGUGCUUCUCUUUGUUUUGGGAAACUCCACCCUGAUAAUAUUCUUCAUGAGGAACAGUCUACUAAAGCCAGCAAGAUGGCACACUAUUCAAAUUUACAGAAGUAUCAUAAAGACAUGAUUAAAAAUUUGCAGAUUUUGAAAGAACAAUGGGCUAGCUGCAAGGAUAGUGGAGACGACAUUUUGCAGAAAAUGUGGAGAAAAGAUGUCUUGGACAGGAAAGAUGGUACUGUUUGCAAUGGCUUGAAGGUGGUUACAAGACCUAGAAAAGUAGGAAAGCUGAACAAGCUUAAUGUCCAGCAUGAUGAUGGUGCCAAAUACAUGUCUUACAUCAAGGUUAGCAAGGAACAAUAUCAACGUGCUAAGAGUACUAUGAAGCUUACCAGUAAUAGCAUUCAGCCAAGGUCUCUUACUAAGAUUUUAGGUGACUUCAAUAUGCGUGCUCUACCAUUUGAAGCAUUUGAGGAAGAAGAAAAGAUGAAGCUGCAUGACUGCUGGUUGCAAUUGGCACUUAAACAUGUCCCAGAAGGUUUUGCUAACUGGAGAAACAGACAAUUGGAGAGACAGCAAUUAACACAAACCUUAGGUCCAGAUUUGGGACAAAAACUGAAGCAUCGAAAGGCUAUCCUUGACGAGGAGGAAGAGGAUUCCCAUGAUACCCUACCAGAGCUAGCAGCAGAUGAUAGCAAAGAAGAAGCCACGAUGACUGUUAAUGGAGAAGCGGAUCGUGAAAUAACUAUGGUGAUAGAGGAUCAUGGUCAACAGCGGAUUUCUUCACUUACUGAAAGCCCUCAGUUCAACCCUGUGGUUGAGUCUCUGAACCUGGGUUAUAUUCAAAAUCAACAGUAUGAUAUAUCUCAGGUCAAAUCCAUGGACAUGGAAUUUAAUGGCCAUAAUUCAAUUGCAGAAACAAAUGAAGAUCAAAUAAUUGUAUCAGGGUGCCCCGAAAAUCUGAACCAAGUGGGUGUUAGCCAGAGGGAUCCUCUCCCAUCUGUUAGUGAUGUUUGGGCGGCAGUUAACAUGUGUGAUUCCUAUUAUCCAUCUACUUCUGAAAAUGACAAAUAUGCUUCUACCAAUGAGAUGUCACUUGGGCAUUUUCAGUUUAUAAAGGAGCAACCAGGGAGAAUGAUUGAUCUGGAAACAGACAUGCAGGAUAAAAAGGAUAUGUUGUACAAACAACCUGAUGAUAUGUUUUUCUUCGGUUCAUACCCUACUCAAGGCAGAGGUGAACAAAUACAAUCUCUCUCCAAGGGUCAGGUUAUUUCACCAUACCAUCAAGAGCAGAAAAAAUCACAGUUAGAUAUUCAACCAGUAGCCAAUCUAAUGAUGGAGGCUGCUCCAUUGUCCAGGCAUUUCAGGGAACAGACUCAUCUAUCUCUUCCUCUGGGUCAGAGGCAGAAUAAAAUAGACGAUCUUUACAUGCAUCAGAACCUUCAGGCGACUUUGUAUUCCGAUGGAGAUCGGUAUACUUUCUCAAGGCAGGAGCACUUGCCCAUCAAUGUUCAUGAUUGUGUGGCCAUUAAUACUUUAUGCAUGUCAGCCCCAUCUCAAUCCCAUUUGAAUGGAGCAUUGAUGUCUGCCCCAUCUCAAUCCCAUUUGAAUGGAGCAUUGAUGCCAGCCCCAUCUCAAUCCUUUUUGAAUGGAUCAUUGCGUCAGAAUUGGUAUCCAGGUGAGAGUGGGGGCCGUGGAGGAUCGUCUACCUUUGAAGGUGCCAUUGGUUUGAACCACAGCAUUAGCAGCGUUGGCAAGUCAGAGCAGAGUCUACACAGUAUCGUGAGCGAGUGUAAGGAACUUCAAUGUAGUGCGACUAAUGAUUCAAUGCAACGAUUUUUCCAGUCUGAAGACUGCGGUGGGAUGGGUGGGGGGAUGCCCUCAAACAGCAUCAUGUUGCAACAAUCACAUAAUCCACUUCACUACUUGAGUGGCCGUGAGGCUGCUCCUGGCCUUAAGAUCAAUAAUAACCUUGGAUGGACAGGAACCCUACAGCAGAGUUUUGGAUUCCCGUACAUUGGUAAACCGUUCUUAAAAUCUUGGAAUCAGUAAGGAUUUACCCGUUUUGACAAGUUUAUUACUGGUUUCUGCUCCUCAAGCAUACACCUUGAAUUUUUAACAUUUUUUUGUUUCUUAAAAAGCUGGUUGUGGGUGUUUUUUAUUUUUAUUUUUAUUUAUUUUUUGUUGUCAAAACUCAGUGAAAGCUCCAGAUAUGGCAAAUUGUAUAUACGCUGAGCCAAACUGAUGCCAUGUAUAUAAGUAGAUUUUUACAGGGAUCAAGGAAUCUCUGGGGUAACAGAAGGUCAAUUUUGAUUUUGA